CAUUCAUCCACCACGUCGCCCACCAGAAUUCAGAGAGCCCCUCAGUGUUUGCUAAAUUGCGCCGGUGACUUGAUCCUGUCCUUCUCCGGGACUUGGAAGUUGUCCAAUCAACAUGAUCGUGAAACGGAACGACUCGGAAAUUCAAGGAAAUUCUGGAUCUGGAAUCCGGGAAUCCAAGGGAUUCUCGCUGGUGAAAGAGAGCGUUGCGGAAAUAAAUCUUUCGGAAGGGAAGGUGUGUCCGACGGAGAUGGAGGUGGAUCAAGAGAGUGCUGCGUCGUCGGAGGAGAUGGAAUCGCCGAGGUCGGUGGCGAAGGUUGGGCGGUGGACGGCAAAGAAGAUUGCGUCCGUUCACAGCCAGGUACUGAAGAUCAGGGAGGAAGAUUCUCACCUUGGUGAGGACAUCGCCGAACAUUUCAGCGCCAAGGAUAAGAUCGCUGGUCAUCCUCACCAUCUGGCUUCGCGCGUCGAUGUCGUGCUGUUCUCGAGGCCGAUCUUGCCGGCGUCGCCUCUCGGCGGCAAGACGACCGUCAAGAAUGUCUGCUGAACCAAUCAAGGGAACUGCACCAUUUAUGGAGAGAGAGACGGUGCGUAACACAGCCGAAGGUUGAUAGUUUUUGUUUGUGUUAGGACUUAGGAGGUUAGAUGGUAGCCACGUACUGGUUUUCCUUCUCAGCUAAGAUCGAUCCCAGGGGCAUGUGAAGACAUGAGAAGUUGCGAUCUAUUUGCUGUUGUACAGUCUAUUAUACAAGUUGGAACUCUCUUGCUCUUUUGUAAGUACACCUAAACAAAGCAUGGAUCUGCACAUACAAAUACAAUUUCCAUACGGCAAAAUCGUGCCCUCGACGGAACGGACGAGUGAUGGUAUGGACACAUUCCAAGUCUCAUAAAUUUCUUCCUUCCCUAAAUCAAAACCAUCCGUCUCCUUCACCA